AUGAGUCAGCAUAUCCAACCGUCAAUCGAAUCUAUAUUCGAGAACAAUAAGAAAUGGGUGUCAUCAAAAAAGGACGAGGACCCGGCCUUCUUCGAUAAGCUUGCAGCGGGGCAAACACCAGACUACCUAUAUAUCGGCUGCAGCGACAGUCGCGUCCCCGCCAACGAGAUUAUGGGCCUUGAGGCUGGCGAGGUCUUCGUUCACCGCAACAUUGCCAACCUCGUGCCCAACAUCGAUCUCAAUGUUAUGUCGGUAGUCAAUUAUGGGGUGCGACACCUGGGCGUAAAGCAUAUCAUUGUCUGCGGUCACUACAAUUGCGGUGGCGUCAAAGCCGCGCUAACACCGACCGACCUGGGCCUGCUCAAUCCUUGGCUGCGAAACAUCCGAGACGUCUACCGCCUCCACGAGAAAGAACUUGACAAAAUCGAAGAUGAGAACCAGAGAUAUAACCGCCUGGUCGAACUCAAUGUGAUUGAGUCGUGCAGGAAUGUCAUCAAGACUGCCGCUGUUCAACAAAGCUAUCGCGAUAACAAGUACCCAAUCGUUCAUGGCUGGGUAUUUGAUCUACGUGACGGCCUACUCAGAGACCUGCACAUUGAUUUCGAGAAGAUGCUAGAGGACGUGAUGAAAAUUUACCGCCUGUCCGCGGACUCUGCUCACAUGGAGACGUCUGGUGGAGCUUGA